CUCACACAGGCGGAAGAAACACCGGAUUUGGUUUCGGAUCGUUUUUUAAGGGUUUAUGAUCCUGAUUUAGGUUUUUUUAAAGACAGAAAAGGAAAAACAAACCAACCCCCCCUCCUCCAUUUUGAAUAAUGUCGACCCCGGCGAGGAGACGGCUUAUGAGAGAUUUUAAAAGACUUCAAGAAGACCCUCCUACUGGAGUGAGCGGAGCGCCGUCAGAGAACAACAUCAUGCUUUGGAACGCUGUUAUUUUUGGGCCUGUGGGAACACCAUUUGAAGAUGGAACGUUUAAGCUUCUGAUAGAGUUUUCAGAGGAGUACCCAAAUAAGCCUCCCACAGUUCGGUUUGUGUCCAGAAUGUUUCACCCAAAUGUUUAUGCAGAUGGCAGUAUAUGUUUAGACAUCCUUCAGAAUCGCUGGAGCCCCACAUAUGAUGUCUCGUCCAUACUCACCUCCAUCCAGUCGUUGCUGGACGAGCCAAAUCCCAACAGCCCGGCCAACAGUCAGGCCGCACAGCUCUAUCAGGAAAACAAGAGGGAGUACGAGAAGAGGGUGACGGCCAUCGUGGAGCAGAGCUGGGUGGACGUCUGAGCUCCUCUCUCGCUCUCUACUCCUUCCUCUCUAUCACCCUCUCUUCAUCAUCCCAGUACUCCAGUCUCUCAUUUUUACCUCAUCAAGAAAAGAAAAAAACAGCAACUAUAUCAGAAGAACUCAAGUGCCACCCUGAAAAAAAAAAAGAGAACAACCAAACCACAAUGGAAGUUAACUUGCUUGCCAAUACAUUUUUGAGGAAAUCGAGGGAGGGGAAAUCAAUCUUCUAUUUGUGUUUCUUGUCCUUAAUUUUACUUUUUUUAUUGCAUGAUGUGAAAUAAGUUAUUGCUAACAGAAUUUGUAAUAUAUCUUUGUUGUUUGGUUGGAUUGAUGCUGUUAGUGUUUGAGUUUUACUUUUUCCUUUGUACAUUUUUUUUCUUUUUUUUUCUUUCUUUCUUUCUUUUUUUUUUGUCUGCUGGUGUGCAUACAACUAGGCUGUUUGGAAAAAGGGCAGGUUGAUGACCAAAUCAGUGAAUUUUGAAAGUCAUGGAAGAUUAACAACCCAGAAAACAUCCUUAUUGUUUAGUUGAAUGUUCCACACAUACAGCUGAUAUAGAACUAUACCUGAUCUGUUGCAACAUAUCUGUUAUUUUAAGAGACACUGUAAUUUUAGGCUUGCAGACGUCACAGGCUGAAACAGCGCCAAGUCUCCCUUGCACUUAUGAAUCAUGGCUCCCUGGCAAGCUGGCUCUGAGCUUUUUUUACUUUAAUCAUUUCUGCUCCAAGGUAGAAAAUGAUGUUAGAAAGCAGGUAUUACACCAGGAGGGAACAGGAUAAGCUCGGACUGUGAAUCCAUAAGUGGGGAGCAGGGUUGUUUGGAAAAGGCUCUGGGAAUCCCCCGGCUGAACUGAGGAAAUACUGUAUUCUUUUCAAUCAUUACAUUUUCUGUAAUUCAGCUUUAAAGACAAUUACAAUCAGCAUGAAGUUGGUAAAAAAAAAAAAAACAACCUAGAAUUUGAGUAUACUCAAGCAUCAUGUUCUGCUUUAGUAAUAAAUCUGCCUUAUUAUUUUGUUUUACAGAACAUAAUGCUGUUUAUAUUCUGCUCAUUUUCUAUAAUAAAGAUUUUAUUACUUG